AUGGCAACGCCUCCAGGCAGUCGCUGCUUUGGUCAAACAAGUUUGCGACAAGAAACAAUCGGCUACGGACAUUGUGACUCGACUGGCUGCGUGGCUAUGGACGUGAAAGAAGACCUGGUAUCAGUUGCGCUCAAGCUGGCAAAGGCUGCCACUUACAUCCUCUUCAGCAUUUAUAAAGAGAUCGGCCCUGGGCAGCGCAUUGCCGUCAGUAAACUCGCCGCAGAACACUACAUCCAACACUCUCGCCCCUUCCGUCUUGCCAUCGAUAUCAGCAUCUGGCUCUUCCAGAUUCAAUCCGGCAAGGGUGGCACCAAUCCUGCUCUGAGGACUUUUUACUAUCGCCUCUUGCGCCUUCUCUCCCUCAACAUCCAUCCUCUCUUUGUCUUCGACGGUCCUAAUAAGCCCACAUGGAAACGAAACAAGAAGGUCGGCGGGCCCAACGUGAGAGUAUCCAGCGUGCCCGAGUUCCUGGCCAAGCAGCUUCUCAAGCACUUUGGCUUCCCUUUACACUAUGCGCCUGGUGAGGCCGAGGCAGAGUGUGCCCUUCUUCAACGAGAGGGCAUUGUCGAUGCCGUCCUCAGUGAAGAUGUGGACACCCUGAUGUUUGGAAGUGGCAUGACUUUACGAAGCUGGACACCGGAACAAAAGAGCAGCAAAAUACCCACCCAUGUGAACGUAUACCGAGCCGACGCCACCAAAGAGACCAGUGGUCUGGAUCGCAAUGGCAUGAUUCUUGUUGCCAUGAUGAGUGGAGGUGACUAUAUCACCGAAGGUAUUCCUGGAUGCGGUCCCAAGCUAGCCUGCGAGGCAGCAAGAGCUGGGUUUGGAGACGAACUGUGCAGCUUGGACAAGAAAGAUACUGAGGGCCUCAGUGCUUGGAGAGACAAGCUACGGCAUGAAAUACGAACCAACGAAAGCAAGCACUUCCGUCAGAAACGGCCUGGACUGACCAUCCCGGACACAUUUCCUGACCAAAAGGUCCUUAGCUAUUACACCCAUCCGUGUAUCUCGGCGCCCGACAAAAUCGCAAAGCUCAAGGAUACUCUUAAAUGGGACAUGCCGCUCGACUAUCCGAGUCUUCGAGACUUUGCCGCUGAUGCCUUUGACUGGCGGUGCAUUGGUGGCGCCAAANAGUUCAUUCGCAACCUGGCUCCCGCUGUGCUUGUCCGAGAGCUCAGAAUGCGAGGGNAAGCUACAGAGAGCCACGGUGGCGGUCUCUCGGCACAGAAGGCAAGAGAAUCGUCUCUAGUCAACGCCAUCCAUGGCAAGCGCCUACACCCGACGACCGACAAUAUCCCUGAACUCAGAAUCAGCUUCAAGCCCAUUGAACUGAUUGACAUCGAUCUCAGCAUUGAAGACCCAGAUGAAGAGAUACCCGAAGACGAAGAGGAUUCUGAUUCGGAGCCACUACCGACUGAGGAUGGCGAGUAUGCUGGAUCACCGAAGAAAAAGCGAGGCCCUUCCACAUAUGACCCGACUGUUCAUGACAAGGUCUGGCUCCUCGACACCUUUGUGCGCCUUGGUGCGCCUCUCAAAGUUCAAGAUUGGGUGGCCAGUGCAGCCACAAAAUCGAAGCCCGCCCCACGACCUCGUAAACCCACCGCGAACGAAACAACGGCCGGCCGUAAACCUACAGCUGCGAAGAAGACUGGGGGUAUGCAAAGAGGCGCCUUGGAUCAAUUUACGAAAAUCACCAAGCCUGGUGUGGAUCGUACAGCACAGUCCAAAUCUAAAUCUCCGGAAUGCGAUGAGCUGGACUUGUCGAGGAUUGAUGCUCUUGCAAAGAAGAGUAUAAGAGAACCUGUUGUGAAGGCGGCAUCCAAGAGCAGUUCAUUUAGAGUCCGAGCAGCAGUCACUGAACUCGAUCUGAGUGGUGACACAUCAAGCAGAACUCCUUCAAUACCCGAAAUGGAUCUCAGUCUCGAAGCAAACGUCCCUCAGAAACGAUCUUCGAAGCGUUCUUCUCCCGAACCAACAUCUCCACCCAGAAGAGCCAGGCCAAGGAUGGUUUCGCCAGCUCGAAAAUCAUCUGGACCUCCAGAAAUCGUUGACCUUCUUUCAUCAUCUCCUGUAAAGCCAGAUUCACCCAAAGCAGCGCCGAUGCGAACAUCCAGCAUUCAAGAUCAUUUCAAGCAGUUCAGCAAACCGAUUGUGGCUUCUCCUCGGUAUGAAAUCGAUAUCGUCGCUCCACUGCCCGAUACAGUAACUCGAAGGCGAAAACGAUCACCACUGAAGAGAUAUCAGACUGCACCGACUACAGGGGCGGACGAAUUGGGAUCGCCUUCUCUCCGACCUACUACUCCUCGAGGUCUGGACAUUGAGGCUAUUGAUUUAGCUUCGCCAGAGUCGCUACCAAGUCUUCCCAGGUUUGGCGCGGUUCAGAGGGUGUCUGACAAGACGCGUCAAGCAGUCGCGCUUUCUAAUAUGCCUCCGCCCAAGGCCAACCCAACCGGACGAGCAAGCGCAUCCUUGAAUAGGGCUACUCCAGCUCCGAUGGACGACGAAAUCGAAGUGCUGGAGCUACAAUCUUCUAUGCCCACCCCGCCUUAUGAACCGGAACCGGCAAAAGAAGUUGCAGCCAUCGAACGACCUGUCAUAUCGGUGUCUGCUUUGCUCCCGGUCAACAAGCGGUUGCGCAACAGGAAAAUUGAGGCUACAGUCACGAAGGUUACGGCAGUUGCAACAAGUUCUUCCUCCGUUUCUAUAUCGAGCACAACGAAAGCCGGACAUGAUCCCAGCUCUGGAACCAUGCAAUCAACUUCGGCCAACGACAAUCAGCAGCCACUCCAGACACCAACGAAAAGGAUCAAAAAGCGAUUCAUUCAGCCUCGAGACAGUCUACCUGGCAACUGGAAAGAAGUCGUUAUGGAGGUUGAUCUGACUGAACUAACUCCAAGAGACCGACGUAUGUACAGAAAGAGCGGUGUAGAGGAGUUGGAUUUGACAGGAGACUGA